GUUAUGAUAUGUACGAUAAAGAACGAUCACAUAAAUGAAAAAAAAUAAAAAAAAAUGAAAGGGAAAGUUGCCCUCCACCAGAAAAUUAUCCGUUCGGUGCCCUCCAGCAAAAUCGGUUAUUUUUAAAAAGGCUAAUCCUAAUCGGUUUGUGCCUCCAAAUUAGGAAGUGCGGAAUCUGAUAAAAGCUUGAAUAUUUUCAUGGGGGCAGCAGGGUUAUAAAUAGGUUAGAUUGUAUAUGGCAAAUUGAUCCAUAAUGAUUUUCACUUACCACAUUAUUAUCAGAUCAUUUAAUCAAUGUAUACUAUUCAAGAAGAUUACAGUUUUGCUGGAGGUGUUCCUUCUGCUCCUUAUUCCAUAGACAAAUCAGUAAUUGAUAAGUUAGAUCCUGUCUAUGUAGAAUUUUAUAAGACUGCAUUAUCAAAUAAUCCAAAUAUACUUUAUACUCAUAGGGUUCCUUUGAAAGAAAUUAGAGAAAGUGGUAAUGUUAUACCAGGUCAAACCCCAUUAGUUGAAAUGGAAAAGACUUUUGAUAUCAAAAUUAAUGAUAUAAUCCCAGCUAGAGUAUUUGUUCCCAAAGGUGAACCUCCAAAGGCAGGAUUCCCUUGUUUCAUAUGGUUUCAUGGUGGUGGUCAUGUGCUAGGUAAUAUCAACACUGAAAAUUCAUUUUGUACCCAUGUGGCUGAUAUGUCCAAAACUAUAGUUAUCUCAGUUGAUUAUAGAUUAGCUCCAGAACAUCCAUUCCCUGCUGCUCCGGAAGAUGCUUAUGCUUCGUUAUUAUGGGUAUAUGAAUCAGGAUCGGGUAUAGGCAUAGAUAUUAAUAAAAUCACCAUUGGAGGUUCGUCAGCUGGUGGUAAUUUAGCAGCUGUAGUAUGCCAAAAGUUUGUAAAUGAUCCAAAAACUACCAAAUUACCUCCCAUCAAAUUACAAGUGUUAAUUGUACCAGUGACAGAUUGUACUACUACACCUAAAACCACCGAAUCAUGGAAGGAAUUUGAAUUCACUCCCCAGUUACCAGCUGAAAAGAUGUUAUGGUAUCGUGCUUUAUACUUGCCCAAUGAAUCAGACUUAACCAAUCCAGAAGCAUCUCCUUUAUUUUAUUCAGAUGAAAGUUUUUCUAAAAAUCCUCCUUGUCUUGUGGCUGUGGCAGAAUGUGAUGUUUUGAAGACUGAAGGUAUUGAAUAUGGCAAAAAAUUGGAAAAGAAUGGAGUCAAGACCGAAAUCAAUGUUUAUAAAGGUGUUCCACACCCUGUCAUGGUUAUGGAUGCUGUUAUAGAUCAAGGUAGACAACUAUUAAAAGACGUAACAAACGCUAUCAAACAAUCCGUUGUAUAGUAAAAAAAUCAUUUUUUAUAUACGAAUCUCUACAUUAACAUAAUUUGUAAUCAAAAUUUUUAUUAGAUAUUUAUAUUUUAUAUUUAGAUUAAUUUAAGUUCCAAUCCAGUUGAAUUAAUCUCAUUCACUUACAAUUAAUUAUAUGUACAUAAAUUUC